UGCCCAACAAAUCUGAUAACACAUCCAUUGGUUCUUUCUUAAAAUACACGAGAAAAAAAGCCCCAAACACUGACCACGGCCCCCGUGCAUUUCUUCCAUCAAACUUGCCCCUCACCCUCAUUUCCUCCUCCUCUCGUCAAUCUCUGUCGGCCAUUUCUCCGGCAUUUUUAAGAUUGGGAGCUUGUCGCGACGACAAUUCAUCAUCAUAUCAGAGCAGUGGGGUUGAUUAAUCAUCGCGGCAUCAAGAUCUUUCGUCGCCGGGACUCAUAAAGGCUGGUGGGGGAUCCUGGGAGUUGGGCGCUUGCGUCUCUUUCACCUGAGUAUGUUGCUGAUUUGCAAUGCAAUGUUGGUUGAUGCAUCAUGCGGGUCCCAGAAUAUUUCGCGGCCGAGAUCAGCUCGCAGUUAGCUUAGGGCUUGUCCCCGGCCAUGAGUGAUUCGUUCCUCAUUAACCACAUUUUCAGCCGCGAGUUUAAUGAGUGAUAGAAGCUGUUAUUGCUAGCCAAUUUAGGCAUCUUCAUCUGUGCUGCGAGACUCGCUAUAUUCUUACCGAAAAUGGGAACCUCCACACGCAGAAAGCCAAAUGAAACGAUGCGGCUUUUAGUUACUACUUUCAUCGGAGUAGUUUUUGGCUUCUUCCUGGGAGUAUCCUUCCCAACACUCUCAUUGACUAAGUUGAAUCUCCCGUCAAGUCUUUUUCCCUCAAUUGAUCUCACAUACAUUGAAGACAAAUACUCGGGCCUUUCAACCCAGGCACUGCUGAAUGCGUGGUCUUCUCUACAGGGAAAAAGUGGCUCUGCAACUGAGAUUAAUGAGUUCAAUGAAUCGAGGAUUUGGGUCCCUACAAAUCCUCGUGGAGCUGAGAGACUUCCACCCGGUAUUGUCGUCUCUGAGUCAGAUUUCUAUCUUCGCAGAUUGUGGGGUUUGCCCGAGGAUGACUUGAAAAUCAGACCAAAGUAUCUCGUGACAUUUACUGUUGGUUAUGAUCAGAGGAAAAACAUCGAUGCAGCGGUUAAGAAGUUUUCGGAGGAUUUCACCAUUAUGUUAUUCCACUAUGAUGGGCGUACAACUGAAUGGGAUGAAUACGAGUGGUCAAAAACAGCUAUUCACAUCAGCGCGCCGAAGCAAACCAAAUGGUGGUAUGCAAAACGAUUUCUGCAUCCCGAUAUCGUGGCAGUGUACGAUUACAUAUUUAUCUGGGACGAGGACCUCGGGGUAGAACACUUUAACGCUGAGAAGUACUUACGGUUGGUUAAAAAGCAUGGGCUGGAGAUAUCACAGCCCGGUUUAGAACCAAAUAGCGGGCUGACAUGGCAGAUGACUAAACGGAGAGGAGACAGUGAAGUUCAUAAAGACACGGAGGAGAAACCUGGGUGGUGCACUGACCCUCAUUUGCCUCCAUGUGCAGCAUUCGUUGAGAUAAUGGCUCCUGUGUUUUCUCGUAAUGCCUGGCGCUGUGUUUGGCACAUGAUUCAGAAUGACUUGGUUCAUGGCUGGGGUCUAGAUUUUGCUUUGCGGAAAUGUGUGGAGCCUGCUCAUGAGAAAAUAGGAGUUGUCGAUGCUCAGUGGAUUGUUCAUCAGAGUGUUCCAUCCCUUGGAAACCAGGGUAAAUCUGAAACUGGAAAGGCUCCAUGGGAAGGGGUGAGAGAGAGGUGCAGGAAAGAGUGGACGAUGUUCCAAGAACGAAUGACGAGUGCAGAGAGGGCGUAUUACGUGGCUCUGGGAGUUGAUCCUCCGAACUCCACCAUCGUACACUGAAGAGGGAACGCCGGGAUGUCAACGUUGCCGGUGGGGUUAGGAUUUACAUGAGAAACGCCGUAGUUUCUGGCGUGUGUAGGGAGAUAAUGAUGCGUCUUUUCCCACUUGCAUCUUGAUCUCUGUAGGUUUUUUGUAUUGUAACACUGAGGAUGUUUGUAUACUAUAAAAUCACUGUAAUUCCAACUGUCGUGCCGUGGAUCAGAAAAGUGGUGCAUCCGAGGGAUCUGCGGUUCCCCCUGUUCGCAUUAACAGAGAAUACCGGGUCGCUGGCAAGACGACGCAGCAGUUCCUUUCGAAGCAA